GUUUUCCCAUAAUUCCUAGAGUCGUGGGCCAGUAGUUGUGCUUCAAGCUGGGAGACACACAGCUCCGGAGGCGUGUGGGAUUAUCAAAGGACAUGGCAACCAGCUCUUCUUCCCUAACGAUUGGAGUCGUAGGAUAUGGACAUCUAGGACAGUACCUGGUUCAGAGGAUCCUUCAAGAUGGAGCUGCUCUUGGUUUGACUCUGGCUUUUGUUUGGAACAGAAAUUCUGACAAGCUCAAAGGUUCAGUUCCUGACGAACUUAUACUUGGUGAUCUAUCAACUUUUGCAGACAGGCGAUGUGAUGUGAUAGUAGAAGUGUGCCAUCCUCAGAUAGUGAAAGAAUUUGGGCUUCACUUCCUGUCUCAGUCUCAUUUCAUGGUGGGCUCUCCCUCUGCCCUCUCUGAUGCUGAUCUGAACAAGAGGCUGCGUCAGGCAGCUCAGCAGUAUGGUAGGACACUCUACGUCCCCAGUGGUGCAUUAUGGGGAGGCCAGGACAUCCAGAGGCUCAAUGAUAGUGGAGCCUUAAAGGCGUUGUUUAUAAGAAUGUCCAAGCAUCCAUCCUGCUUCCGGCUGACAGGAGACGUCCUCUCACACUGGACGGAGGGAGAGGGCAGACGGGUUUUAUUCAGAGGCUCGGUGGCAGAGUUGUGCCCACUUGCUCCUAACAACGUUAACACUAUGGCAGCAGCAGCAGUGGCAGCAGGAACACUCGGCUUUACUGGUGUUCAGGGAGAGAUUGUGUCUGACACAGCGUUGAGUGAUUAUCAUGUGGUGGAGGUGGAGGUGUCUGGGCCUGAUGGCUUCUCAGUACACACAGUGAGGAGGAACCCAGCCAGACUCGGAGCUGUAACUGGCAGUGCAACAUACAACUCCUUCUGGAAUAGUUUACUCGUUUGCAAAGGUCACGGGGGCCGAGUCUACUUGUGUUGAGGCAGGUGAGGACUCCGGAGGCUAACCUACAACACAGGAAGAGGAUCCACUGCGAAAUUCCUGGUACAUUAGAUGGUUUAUGUUGGACAAGUUGUGUGGAUGGUGGAUCAGUGGAUCAGUAUGUCACUGAGAAUUUGAAAACCCCUGGAUAUCUUUGUUCUAAUAAAGUGCAUGCACACGAAGAAAGAAGAGCCAGUUACCAUUUGUAAAGCACAAACAGUUAUAUUAUAUAUUUAAACUUUAUUAUAAGUUCAUCUGGUGCAGGACUGUAACAAAUGAUAAAACUAUUACAGGGAGUGUGAGUAUAUGCCUGGUAAGACCAUUUUCCCUUCUUCCAUAACAAACAGUCAAGACGUACUUUAGCUCUCUCAUAUCUUUCACCUGAAAACAUGGUUGCCAUCACAGAACACAGUCCCUUUUAUCCUCUGUCUGUCUCAUCUCUUUUUCUUUCACAAAAAAAUACUUGCCGGAUCAGGCGAACCUAUGAAUAUCCAUCUCCACAAAAGCACACACACAGACAUACAGGAUUAACACAAGUGUGAGGUUGUUUAUCGAUGAUCGUCACUGAAAGGCUG